UAGAAGUGUGCAGAAAGUCACAUUCUACUCCACCGGCUCUAAAUAUUUUUAUGUAUGUUUUUUCAGUGUGUUUUUUUUUCUUACGGAAAUUUUUACAAACAACGUUCUAGUGCGGAAUUGUUCUUCGUUUUUUCCCUAACGCUACGUGCAUAUGCACCACGAAUUAUAACAUACUAGUUGCUUCAGUUAAACGUUGAUUUUAUCUUUCCUGGGAGGGAAGCUUUGCAUCAGCUGUGGCAAUGUUAGCAGGCUUGCAUUAUUUGUUCAACAUAUUCUCUGCGCUCUAUAAGCGCUUUGUGCCGGCUAGAUUUACUGGCAGUGCAAUAGAAAAUACAACAAGUGCUAAUAAAAGACGUAGAGAUGACAGCACCGAAGAAUUUUUUGAAGAUCAUCAGGUUGAUGGUUCCAAAAAACGAGGCUCCCGAUUGAAGCCUUCGACGAUAAUUGGAAGUGAAUUUCGACAAAGCAUUGCUGUUCUUACCAGUGGAGGAGAUGCACAAGGAAUGAAUCCAGCUAUACGUGCCGUGGCCAGAAUGGGACUUUACUAUGGAGCAAAAGUUUAUGCUGUAUGGGAGGGUUAUGAAGGCAUGUUGAGUGGUGGAGAUUUUAUUAAAGAACUAACAUGGCAAGCUGUAUCUGGAAUUAUCAAUAAGGGAGGUACUGUCAUAGGAAGUGCUCGUUCCAAGGAGUUUCGUACGCAGGAGGGGAGAAAAAAAGCAGCAUAUAACAUGAUAACUCGUGGAAUUUCUAAUUUGAUUGUAAUUGGAGGUGAUGGCAGCUUGACUGGAGCUAAUAUUUUUCGUCAAGAAUGGAAAGAUUUUGUCACUGAAUUGUUGGAAGAAGGAAAAAUCUCUGAAAGCAGCGCUCAAGCAUGUGGCUUUCUGAACAUUGUUGGAAUGGUUGGCUCUAUUGACAAUGAUUUCUGUGGUACGGACAUGACUAUAGGUGCUGAUUCAGCAUUACAUAGAAUUAUUGAGGCAGUUGAUGCAAUAAGUACAACAGCAUCAAGUCAUCAAAGGGCAUUUGUGUUGGAAGUUAUGGGACGUCAUUGUGGAUAUCUGGCCCUGAUUAGUGGUCUUGGUGCUGGAGCAGAUUGGGUUUUUCUCCCAGAGGAUCCAGUUAAAGAUGGUUGGGAAGAUGAAUUUUGUAAUUUUCUCAAAGGAACCCGCGAGGCAGGUAAACGAUUAAACAUAAUCAUUGUUGCCGAAGGUGCGAGAGAUGUUCACGGAAACGAGAUUUCAGCACAACAAGUUACUGAGUUGAUUAAGCAACGUCUACAAUACGACACACGAACCACUGUUCUUGGUCACGUCCAACGAGGCGGCGUUCCAUCCGCCUUUGAUCGCGUCUUGGCUUCACGUAUGGGUGCUGAAGCAACACUUGCUGUCCUAGAUGCUGAUGAGCAUUCUCCUCCAUGUGUCAUUUGUAUUGAUGGCAAUCAGAUCGUGAAGAAACCACUCAUGGAAUGUGUAGAGAAAACGUCUAGAAUUCAAAAAGUGAUGAAAGAAAAACGAUUUGACGAGGCAGCUACUUUGCGAGGCAGUUCGUUUCAGAGCACAUUGAAAGUGUUUCGUAAGUUGCGAUUGGUUGCUCCCCCAGUGGACAGUCAUUGUUCUCUUUCUGGCAAAUGUGAAGGUUAUACGUUAGGUCUGAUCAAUGUUGGAGCACCUGCUGGUGGUAUCAACUCCGCUGGCCGUGCAGCUGUCAGGCUCGCACAAUAUGAAGGACACACAAUGAUGGGAAUUAAAGAUGGUUUUGAUGGCCUCGUAAAUGAUCGUGUAAAAAUAAUUUCUUGGCAAGACGUGACCGAUUGGGAUAGUUUGGGAGGAUCAAAACUUGGAACAAAACGAACUUUACCUAGUGAUUUGGGUAUUGAACUUGUUGCAAGAAAAUUGAGACAACAUCGUAUACAGGGCUUAAUUAUCAUUGGUGGAUUUGAGGCAUAUCAAAGUGGUAUCGAGUUAAUGGAUAAUCGUGAAAGAUUUCAGUCUUUCCGUAUUCCCAUUGUUGUUAUUCCCGCUACAAUAAGUAACAACAUUCCUGGGACCGAGUUUAGUCUUGGUGCUGACACUGCACUCAAUGUGAUCGUCGAGAGUGUGGAUCAACUGAAACAAUCAGCUAGCAGUGCCACUAAGCGUGUUUUUGUCAUCGAAACAAUGGGGGGUUAUUGUGGAUACCUAGCUACACUUGGUGGGCUUGCGAGUGGAGCUGAUGCUGCCUAUAUUUACGAAGAGCCGAGCUCCAUUGAGUCAAUCUUGGAGGACUGCAAACAUUUGGCGAACAAAAUUACUUAUUCCGGUGUUAAACGCGGCAUUAUCCUCCGAAAUGAAAAGAGCAGUGAUUACUUUGGAACGGAUUUUCUUACAUCGUUGUAUCAAGCAGAAAGUAAGAAAAUGUUCACCGCCAGAAAUUGUGUUCUUGGCCACAUACAACAGGGAGGAGCGCCGUCGCCUUUUGAUAGAAUGCUGGGGAUUCGUCUUGCAACAUUCGCCAUUGAAUUCAUAUUGACAAAGAUCAAAGAAAAUCUUACCGCGACCGGCGACGUUGAUGCUCAGGGUCAUAACACGGCCUGUCUUAUCGGUUUACAGAAGAAACAGUACACAUUCAUAUCAUUGAAGGAUUUGAAAGAAGACACUGAUUUUCCUCAUCGUCUUCCGAAGAAACAAUGGUGGCUUCAACUUCAACAAUUGCUGCGAAUUAUGGCAAAACAUCAACAUAUAUACAAAAGAGAAGCUGAAGACGAGUUAUGAUUUCGUAAAGAUACGUUAGGAGGAAUAAUUUUUGAGAUAAAAUCACAACUUUGAAUCAAACAACAUGAUCCAAUCACAGUUCCGAUCUCUUAGAAUUGAGCGAACAAUACAAUUACAAUAUCAGUGUCAAGGCGAGUAUACGGGAAGAAACGUCCAUCAAAAGGAGGCAAACUCGGAAACUGUUUCAAUCUCCGACUUUCGAAGAUUAUCCUUCGUGCAAUACAUGAGUGUUUUUUUUAAUUCAUGUUGUUAUCCCAAUAAAAAAAUAUCAACACCUGAAAACAGAUGUUAACAGUUGGAGAUGCAGUGUUUUAUAAUUUUUAAAAUAAAUAAAAACGAUUCAGCCGUA